ACGGCCAAUCCGGUAACAUCCAAAGAAGCGUCGACAGAGGUGGCCACCACGAAUGAGGAUGCUACAAGUCUCAUUCCAUCAACCCUUGAACCGACAACUGAGACACAAACGACCUAUAUUGCAGCUACAACAGAGGAGGAAGACACUACAUUGUAUCCUACAUCUCAAGAAGAUGCAACAACAGUUUUCGAGACAACGGAGAAAUCUGGUACAACUCUGGAAUCUUCAACAGAGGAUCUCGCCUCCACUGUCAUAACAAGCACUGAACAAGAAGCAACUACUAUCGAUCAAACAACACAAGACUUGUUAUCCACGACUGUCAUAACAAGCACUGAACAAGCAGCAACUACAAUCGAUAAAACAACACCAGACUUAUUAUCCACGAUAGAGCCAACUACGGAGGUUGGUAGUACGACCAAUGAGGCAACAUCCAAAGAAGCGUCAUCCACUGUCAUAACAAGCACUGAACAAGCAGCAACUAGUAUCGAUCAAACA